AGCGGACCUAGCGCUGCACCCCAACUGGGCCGAUGGCUUGCAGUGAUGCGGCCUAUCAGGAAUGUCUGUUGAAGGAGCUCAAACUCUUCCGCGAUGCAAACAGGGUGAUGAGCGAGGAGGAGCGGCGCCAUGCACUGCGUGGGCUAAACAGCCUGGUGCGGCCGCGCUCAGCGCCCUUGCAUGCGCUGCCAAGGAUCAGCUCCUCUCCGCUGAUGGCUGGCUCCCCGGUGCGCCUGGCCGGUCUGCGGAGCCGCGCCGAGUUCAACGGGACCAUUGGGGAAGUCCUGGACAGAGACCCUGAUUCGCACGGCCAGCUGCUGGUACGACUCUUUCCAGAAGGAGCCUCCCAGAAGCUGGUGUGGGUGGAUCCCGGCAAGCUGCAGCUGGAGACAUCUCCUCUUCACACGCGCGCGGGGAAGCAGUGGCUGACCAAACCCCUGAAGCAUCUGGCACAUCACUCCUUCAAACGAGGGCCCAAUGGUGGCUUCUUCAGCGAAAGUACCACGAUGCCGCUGCUCAUGCGGGAUGAGCAUCGGCCAACAGCUUGAUAGCCUGAGGAGGAAAGGAUCCAAUCUCCUUUGGAAUCCUGAGAGACGGAGUUUAGACUUUGGCACUGGGGUUAAGCCCCUGCAAGGCCAAAGAUUCUUUGUCCUUUAGCCGGCAGCUUUGGCAUGUUGCUCCAUUCCAGCGCCGAAAAUUUCCCC